AUGGUUGUCAUCAAGCGAUUCCGAACAGUCUGGGGUGUCGAGUCUGGGAAAGACUUUGAGAACUGGAUCCCAUGGUUUCCUGAUCUUAAGAAACAAGGUUUCGCUGGUGUCGAAGUAGAUAUCACAGAUCGCGAUGUCGACAACCUUCAGCAAUUGCGAAAGAUCUUGGAUGAUGUUGGCCUGGAAGCCACUGUGCUAUUACAUACAGCAUGGGCGGGCUACGUUGGCGGUCGGCCCAGAGAUCUCACGCCAGAUGUCCACCUCGAUAUUUACUGCCAGAACCUCGAGCGCGCAAAGAUCUUGAAGCCUGUUAAGAUCAACGCCCAAUCCGGAGGCGACUACUGGAGUCUUGACGAAUCAGUUUACUUUUAUCAGAAGACCCUUGGUAUCGAUAAGGAGCUGGGUCUCACGGGCCUCGUCAGCCACGAAACGCAUCGCAACAGGUCUUUGUUCACGCCGUAUGCAGCCAAGUAUAUCCUGCCAAAGGUUCCAGAGCUUCGAGUGACGGCAGAUAUCUCUCACUGGGUUGUCGUGUGCGAAAGACUCCUGGAUCUCGGUGAAGAAGACAGAGAGAUACUAGAUCUGUUGAUCCCAAGAGUAACUCAUAUCCAUGCCCGCAUAGGAACGACUCAGUCGUCACAGUGCGCUGAGCCUGAAGAUCCCGUGUUCAAAGAGGAACGAGAGUUUUUUGAGAGGCUUUGGCUACGCAUUGUCAAGGCGCGAAGCAAGGAUAGUGAUCUUAUUACUUUUGUACCGGAAUAUGGUCCAUAUCCUUAUCAUCCGUAUGGAAGUGUCAGGACGCAUGGGCAGGUUGCUGAUAGUGAAGGAGCGAGAUUGCAGAAGCUCUUUGAAGAUAGCCUGAAGGAGUAA